AUGGCUGCUGAAGAUGCACCCCCAAAGCGCACUUGGAAGGACAAGGCGGUGUUCUUCCGCCUGUUCAUCUAUGGCGAGCCAAGCAGAACAGACAUCGGACUGCUUGUGCUCGCACUUGUGUCAGCAGUCGCGUCCGGUAUUCCUUUUCCGAUCAUGUCCAUCGUUUUCGGUCAAUUGGUAGACGAUAUGAACUCGACAACCUGCAACGCGAAUGACACGAACGGGGAUUCCUACCAGGAUGGAAUCAAUCAAAAAGUGCUGAUGAUAGUGUACAUUGGUAUCGCAUACCUAGUUCUGAUCUAUAUAUACGUCUUCAGUUGGAAUAUGACGGGCGAGAGACUCGCUCAGCGUCUGCGGGAGAAAUAUUUCAAAUCGAUUCUUCGCCAAGAUGUCGCGUUUUUCGAUAAUCUGCCCGCUGGUGAAGUCUCCUCAAGAAUCACUGGUGAUAUCACGACUAUCCAGCAGGGAACUUCGGAGAAAGUCGGCAUUGUCAUCAAUGCGGUGGCUUUCUUCGUUACCGCGUACAUUGUCGCAUUCAUCAAGGACCCCAAGUUGGCGGGUAUGCUGGUUUCCCUGACUCCAGCCUACCUGAUCAUGUCGCUUUUGGGUGGGUAUUUCGUGCAAAAAUACUUUGGUCGCGCAUUGGAGAGCAUGACCAAGGCCUCGUCGGUCGCUUUGGAAGCCUUCUCUAACACCAUGGUGGUCCAUUCUUUUUCGGCCAAUGCCCGCCUCGAGGAGAAAUUCAUCGAGUUCCUCGAUCCUGGUCGAGUUGCGGGAAUUCGCAAAUCAAUUGCGACAGCGACUCAAGCUGGAUUGCUCUACUUCAUCGCUUUCUCUGCCAACGCUUUGGCCUUUUGGCAGGGAUCAAGACAGAUCGCUGAUUCAGUGGAGUCUGAUGGUGGUGGCAUCACGGUCGGAGCUACAUACACCGUCAUUUUCAUUCUGGUGGAUGCAUCUCUGAUUUUGAGCACGGUGGCCCCCUUCCUCCAAAGCUUCGACGCCGCCUCGGUAGCUUUCACAAAGCUAAAAACCGACAUUGAACACCCCUCAACGAUCGAUGGCACGGCGGAGAAUACCGGAGAGGUUCUGGCGGAAGUGAAGGGACACAUAGAGUUGCGUGACGUUUCGUUCCGGUUCCCAUCUCGCCCUGAAAACCCUGUUCUUCAAAACCUUUCUCUUUCAUGCCCCGCUGGCCAGCAGACUGCUAUUGUCGGAUUGUCUGGAAGUGGCAAGUCUACCGUUGCUGGGUUAGUGACGCGAUUCUACGAUACCGCCGAAGGGAGUGUUUUGCUGGACGGCCACGAUGUCAAAACUCUCAACGUGCGUGCACUCCGAAGCCACAUGAGUCUCGUCCAGCAAGAGCCUUGCCUUCUCGAUCGCUCAAUAUUUGAGAACAUUGCGCUGGGUCUGAUCAAUUCCCCAACACAUGGCCAUCUCCAAGAGAUGCUCACUAGCACAGCCCUCGUUGAUAUCGCGGAAGCAGUCAAGGCGGGCCAGUCCCUCUCUCACGCCGCUCUUGCACAUGGAAACGAAGCUCAAGAGAUAGUGGAGCUUGUUCAGAAUGCCUCCAAGCUAGCCGAUGCCAGUCAUUUUAUCGAAAAACUCCAAGAAAGCUAUGGUACCCCUGUCGGCUCCAGUGGAAACCUCAUCAGUGGUGGGCAGAAGCAGCGCAUUUCGCUAGCCAGAGCCCUGGUCAAGAACCCGCGCAUACUCAUCUUGGACGAGGCCACUGCGUCCCUGGACUCUGGAACCGAGAUGCGUAUCCAGAGGGCCUUGGAGAGUGUGGCUGUUGGUCGCACGGUCAUCACCAUCGCGCAUCGACUUUCAACUAUCCGGAACGCCGACAACAUUAUCGUUAUGCGGCAAGGAAAGCUCAUUGAGCAAGGUCCUCACACGGAGCUUCUGGCGGCGAAUGGCGCUUACGCAGAGCUUGUUCGUCUGCAGAAUGUCAAUGUCCAAGGAUCAGGAGAGGGGUCGUCUACACGGUCGGCGUCACCUGUAGACCGAAUCAUCGAAAAGGCUGAGCCAACUCUUUCCAUGGCAGAUGACCUGGAUGAAAAAGAAGAGACAAGUACCCCUGAUGACGAGGAGCCGAAGCCAAGAGAGAUAAGCGGUGCUGUCGACACAAACAGAUCAUUCUCUGCCACCGCCAGGUCCAUGGGCGCCAUGUUCCGGCCUUACGCGUUCGUGUUGGUUUUCGCCGUCGCUGGAGCGGUCAUCAUUGGUGGCACAUACUGUGCAUCUGCAGUGAUCUUCGGCAACGUCGUUGGUAAGCUCAGUGGCUGCGAAGAGCCACAGAGUAUCCGCGAAGCUGGAGAGUUCUAUGGUCUCAUGUUCUUCGUCCUUGCCAUCAUCGAAUUCUUCGCGAACUUCUUCAGUUGGUCUUUGUUUGGAUGGAUGGCAGAGAACGUGAUUUACAAAGUCAGAGUUCUCUCACUGAGAUCUAUCCUCGAGCAAGACCUUGAGUGGCACGAAUCCAACGAUCGCAACCCAUCCCUGCUGCUAUCUCUGAUCACCAAAGAUAGCAAUGCACUGGCGGGCUUGACUGGCUCCGUUGUUUGCACGAUACUGUCCAUUCUCAUCAACUUGUUCGCUGCAAUCAUCAUGACACACAUCAUCGCGUGGAGAAUCGCAUUGGUCUGCCUCUCUGUUGUGCCUCUUUUGCUUGCUGCGGGAUGGAUGCGAGUCAGCUCAUUGGCCCAAUUCGAAGAACGACACCUAGAGGCCUUCGCUCGCUCGGUUGGAAUCACAGUGGAAGCCGUCAAUUCGAUCAAGACUGUCAUGUCACUCUCUCUGGAACAUGAGAUCAUGGGAACCUACCGUCGUUCGCUGGCAGCGCCAAUGAAGGCCAUGACGCGCCAGAGCGCGUGGGCAAACCUCUGGCUGGCCAUCGGAUACGGUCUCAGCAACUUCCUGUAUGGUCUUGCGUACUGGUGGGGAGCAAAGAACAUCAUUGCCGGACACUAUACCCAGACGCAGUUCUUCAUUGUGCAACUCGCUCUGCUCGUCAGUUCCCAAUUGUGGGGCCAAAUGUUUGCCUUGGCGCCUGACGUGUCGCGUGCCUUCCAAGCCACCCGUCGCCUCCUGAAUUUGCUCGACUUGGGCUCCACGAAGAAACUGUCAGACCCAGUCAAAUUGCUGAGCAGCGCAGCUGACGUGGAAUCAAAUGAAACUUCACGUGAGAAGGUUGAUGACACCCGCAAUGGUGUGAGUGUUUGUUUCAAGCACGUCCAAUUCGCGUAUCCCGCGCGACCGGAUACCCGCGUGCUCCAUGGCUUGGACUUGACCAUUAAGCCCGGUCAAUUUGCGGCGCUGGUGGGACCUAGCGGCGCCGGCAAAUCAACGAUUAUCUCACUCGUGGAGCGUCUCUAUUCGCCUGAAUCCGGUAGUGUCGAGGUCGAUGGACGAGACGUUGCGUACGGUGAUAUUUCCUUCCGCGAUUCGAUCGCGUAUGUUCCACAACAGAGCGUUCUGUUUGAAGGAACCAUCCGGUUCAAUCUGGCACUUGGCGCGCGACCUGGCCAUGCAGUGACCCAAGGGGACCUUGAAGAUGCGUGUCGCUUGGCCAACAUCCACGAUGUCAUUGAGCAGCUCCCUGAAGGGUAUGAUACCCACUGUGGACCCAAUGGCGAUCGUCUAUCUGGAGGUCAGAAACAGCGAUUAGCUAUUGCACGGGCACUGAUUCGCAAGCCCAAGCUGCUGCUUUUGGAUGAGUCGACGAGCGCUUUGGACGCGGAGUCUGAGCGGUUGCUCCAGGAUGGCUUGGAGAAAGCAACCAAGAGUAUGACAGUGAUUGCCAUUGCUCAUCGUUUGUAUACCAUUCGAAAGGCCGACGUGAUAUUCUUGAUUGAGGAAGGGCGUUGUGUCGAACAGGGCACUCAUGCUCAAUUAAUUGAGCGUAGCGAGGCCUACCGGGUCAAUGCGCUAAACCAGGCUGUGGAUGGAUAG